UCUCUCUCUUUCUCUCUCUGUUCCUCUUCUCCUUCCCCUGCGCGUUCAGGUUCUUCUGCAACCUGCGUCGAUGACCUAACGCUCUCUCUCUCUCUCUCUCUCUCUCUCUGCGUUUCUCUCUCCGAGUUUCGCCUGUUUCGGAGUUUGAGAGUUAGGGUUUCCUCGAUCAUCGCGGGAGCGCUGAACCCUUUCUCGUUUCUCUUCGAAAGGGAGGGACUUGGAACCUCUUGGUUCGGGGGGUUAAAGAUCCUUCCUUUGAUCGAUGAAGAAGGCCAAAUCGGAGAAGCUGGACAUGGUCUUGGCGCUGACGAGGCAGAGGUCGCUCCAAAUCUUGAUCUGCGUGGGCUUGUUGUACGUAGUUUUAGUAACUGUAGAGAUCCCCUUCGUCUUCUUAUCUGGGUUCAAUGCGCUCUCCCAAGAAACCCUCUCCCGCCCUCAGGCCCAGCUCCAGACCGGCCGCGACUUGCAAGAGAAGGACGCCCCGGCUCGGCCCCACGUCACCGUUUCUCAGGACUCGGACGAGUUGGCCCCCGCCGGGGCCGUCGAGCCCCGGAACGUCGUGUCGGGCUUGAACUUCGAGAAGACGUGGAAGACUGGCGUUACGGGCGGGUUCUCCGAGCUCCACAAGUCGGCGAAGGUCGCUUGGGACGUGGGUCGCAAGUUUUGGGAUGAAUUGCAAUCUGGGAAGCCGAAUGUCAUCAGCCAGAAGCACGAGAAUGGGUGGGAAUCGUGCCCGCAUUCGGUGUCUCUAUCUGGGUCGGAGUUCCUGAACCGGAAGAGGUUGAUGGUGUUGCCAUGCGGGCUCACGCUGGGGUCGCACAUAACGGUUGUCGGGAAACCGAGGCCAGCCCAUGCGGAGCACGAUCCGAAGAUAUCUCUGUUGAGGGAAGGAGACGAGGCGGUGAUGGUUUCGCAGUUUCACAUGGAGCUGCAGGGGUUGAGGAUCGUCGAGGGCGAGGAGCCGCCCCGGAUUCUGCAUUUGAAUCCGAGGUUGAAGGGUGAUUGGAGCGGGAAGCCGGUGAUCGAGCAGAACACUUGUUACAGGAUGCAAUGGGGGACGGCACAGCGGUGCGAAGGGUGGAAAUCUAAGGCUGAUGAAGAGACUGUUGACGGCCAGUUGAAGUGUGAGAAGUGGAUCCGUGAUGAUGAUGAUCACUCUGAGGAGUCCAAGACAUCGUGGUGGUUGAACCGGCUCAUAGGACGGACAAAGAAGGUGGCGGUUGAUUGGCCAUAUCCAUUUGCCGAAGGCAAGCUCUUCGUUCUAACUCUUAGUGCUGGAUUGGAGGGUUAUCAUGUUAGUGUCGACGGGAGGCACAUCGCAUCUUUUCCCUAUCGCACUGGUUUUGCUCUUGAAGAUGCGACUGGCCUGACUUUAAAUGGCGAUAUUGAUGUGCAUUCCCUAUUCGCCGCUUCUCUACCAACUUUACAUCCUAAUUAUGCUCCACAGAGACAUCUUGAUAUGUCAAGAAAAUGGCAAGCCCCAGCUUUUCCUGAAAAACCUGUAGAAAUGUUUGUUGGCAUCCUUUCAGCGGGUAACCAUUUCGCAGAGCGAAUGGCUGUGAGGAAGUCCUGGAUGCAGCAUAAGCUUAUCAAAUCUUCGAAUGUGGUAGCUCGCUUCUUCGUAGCAUUGCAUCCUCGGAAGGAAGUGAAUGCGGAAUUGAAGAAAGAGGCAGAGUUUUUCGGUGACAUUGUUAUAGUCCCUUACAUGGAUAAUUAUGACCUCGUUGUGCUCAAAACAGUGGCCAUUUGCGAAUAUGGGGUUCGCAAAGUGUCGGCCAAGUACGUGAUGAAAUGUGACGACGAUACAUUUGUGAGGUUGGAUGCAGUUAUGGAUGAAGUCAAGAAGGUACCCGAAGGAAAGAGCUUGUAUAUUGGGAACGUCAACUACUACCAUAAGCCCCUUCGGUACGGAAAAUGGGCAGUCACAUAUGAGGAAUGGCCCGAGGAAGAGUAUCCGCCUUAUGCAAACGGACCAGGCUACGUUUUGUCCUCUGACAUUGCACACUUCAUCGUGUCCGAGUUUGAGAGGCUUAGACUAAGGCUGUUCAAGAUGGAGGACGUGAGCGUGGGGAUGUGGGUGGAGCAGUUCAACAGCUCAAGACCUGUGGAGUACGUGCAUAGCUACAAGUUCUGCCAAUUCGGGUGCAUAAAGGAUUACUACACCGCGCACUAUCAGUCUCCGAGGCAGAUGAUCUGCAUGUGGGAGAAGUUGCAAGAACAAGGCCGGCCUUUGUGCUGCAACAUGAGAUGACAGGGCUCCGUCGCGGAAGGGAGGAGGAGAAACCAUAGAAGAGAGAGAGGCAGACAAGUUUUGCAGGCAUAGCCACGACGCGUUGUGUAUAUACUACAGAUCGUGGUAGCGGUGAGAGUCGGGUGUAUCUAGGUUCUAGGAUGCUCGAGGAUUAAUCAUUCAUUCAUUAUUUCCACCCAUCCAGUUAUCUCUUCAGUUCUAUCUAACAGGUUUAUUCGAUUCGCGAGCA